CGAAGAAAGCCUACAGGAAACUGGCAUUAACCAAGCAUCCGGAUAAACAAGGUGGCUCCAAAGAAGAGUUUCAGAAAAUCACUGAUGCUUGGGAAUGGCUCAAAAACAAUCACACAGCCUUUAAAAAUGGUGGGGCAAAGGCUGCUGCGGGAGGUAAUAACAAUUUAACUUUAUAAUAUCCUAACUAAUUCCCAUUUCUAGAAAAUGCUUGUUGUUGAAAUGCUGAUGAAGUAGAUCAUGUUCGAAGAUUUAGGUUUUGAAUAUCGGACUCUGCUGUAAUAUGAUGAUGAUGUUGAUGAGCAAGACGCUGUUGAGUAUACUUAAAGUGAAGACGAAAGAAGUGCGUCGGAUGUGCCUUUAGGUUCUUAUCAUUCUCAUUCUCAAGAAAUGAAAGGCGUUGUACAACUUCUAAAGGCACUUAUCAUUCUCAUUCUCAAGAAAUGAAAGGCGUUGUAUAACUUCUACUACUUAACUUUAUCAGAACGUUAUAUCUUACUCUUCCAGGAGGUCGUCCAACCACGUCGACCUCGCAACCCGCUGCUCGGCCAAAAAAUGCUAUGGCAAGGGGGACGACUACGGUCAACAUGCAGAGGAAUGCAAGGACUAUGGAAGAGGGAAUACGCCAAGUUUUUGGCGGAUUUUCGGGUUCGCCAAGUAGUGAUGAUAGUGACGACGACGAUGAAGGCCCUUAUGCUUGGAACUUCGACUUGAAAGGAGGCCAGAAUGGAGGCAUGGGUGGCGCUGCAUCGUCCAGUAGCUCUUCGUGGAAAGGCGGACCAAGUGGCCCUGGCGGGGGCUCGAACAUGAACUACAACAAGGGAGGAAAGCAGGGCAAAGGAGGAGCAUUUCCAGGUGCUAAUAUGAACACAUCGUCUGCUUAUGGUGGUAAAGCAGGUGGCGCUGGUGGUGCUUAUGGAGGAACAAAUAAGGGUUCUGGUAAG